UCAGAUUGUCAGAAGAUGGCGACCGCAGAACCGGAAACCGCAUCAAAUCCAAGUAAUUCUGAAGAAGAGAGAACUGAAGCAUCAGGACAGGAAAUUGUGAGUCCUGAAGAUUACAUUAAGCAUCCGUUACAGAACAGAUGGGCUCUUUGGUUCUUUAAAAAUGACAAAAGCAAGACCUGGCAGGCUAACCUGCGCCUAAUCUCCAAGUUUGACACCGUUGAAGACUUCUGGGCGCUCUACAACCACAUCCAGUUGUCCAGCAACUUAAUGUCAGGGUGCGAUUACUCACUGUUCAAGGAUGGGAUUGAGCCCAUGUGGGAGGACGAGAGGAACAAACGCGGCGGUCGCUGGCUCAUCACACUCUCCAAACAGCAGCGGAGAGCUGACCUAGACCGCUUCUGGCUGGAGACGCUCCUGUGCCUGGUAGGUGAGGCUUUUGAUGACCACAGUGAUGACGUGUGCGGGGCAGUCGUCAAUGUGCGAACAAAAGGAGACAAAAUCGCCAUAUGGACAACAGACUACGAAAACAAAGAGGCUGUUACUCACAUAGGGCGUGUGUAUAAAGAGAGGUUAGGUGUGCCACCUAAAGUCAUCAUUGGGUAUCAGUCACACGCCGACACAGCCACGAAGAGCGGCUCCACCACCAAGAACAAGUUUGUCGUCUGAGAAACCUCUCCACACACACAGAGCUGAGACAGCGGAAGGCAAUCCUUGUCCGGACACAAACCAAAGCUCCGUCACAAGAGGGAUGGAUUCAUCAAACACACAGAGGAAAACAAAUCAAAGAGGGGAAAAACAUGCAAAUUCGUAAUGUUCAUAUAAGCUACUUAAUGCAGAGAAGUUUCCUCAUGUAAAAGAUAGGAGAAAAAAAAGUGAAUAGGAACUGACAAGUGUAUAUAACUGUACAUUAUAAACCCGAGAACCAUGUUUAUCCAU